AGACAAGUCGACACUCUCGAUACUUCACACAACUUGUACCAUAUUAAGAAGAAUCAAUGAACAAAUGUAGUCUGAAUUACGAUUAAAUUCAAGGUGUUAGCUGUGCGAUGACAAAUGCACUCAAGGAGAUACAGAGACUAAAGCAAAGCGGAUUACGUGUCCAAGUGUUUAAAAGUAUGAAAAUCAUACUAAGGCAUAUCAUCGUCAUCAGUGUACUGAGUUUUUACAUUUUUCUUUGUUCAUUGUUGAGAUAAAAAUAUACAUAAAAAAACGUAAAGCCAUGUUGUUCAAGAGAGAGCUAUCAUCACAGAAAGAAACGAGGGAUGAAACAUGGAAAAGAGACGACAUCAUCUCGUGGUUAUACACAAGUGAAACUUUUGCAGCAUCAGUAAAAAGAUGACUCAACUGAUAAUACCAUUUUUAUCAAUACUAAUGAGUAUUUUCACCAUAACAAUACAAAGUAAUGAAAUAAAAGUAAUUCAUAAAAAAUUAAAAAUAGAAAAUGGAGAAAGAAACAGUCCGGCUUUAAAUAAUUUUCUAAAGGACGUACUUAAAGCCAAAGAUGAAUUGAAGUGGAUAGAUCAAAUGAUUUACCCUCAAAUGAACAGCAAUAAAUAUCCUGAAACGAGACGUAAAUUACUUGCAACCAGAGAUGUUCGGGCAGUUAAUAGAAAACGUCAUUGGGACCAUGAUGGAAAUUAUAUUAAGCCAGUUGUCAGUACUUAUGAUGAUUAUGAUGAUGAUGAAGAUUAUCAAGAUUAUUUUGAUAACGAUAAUGAUUUUUACUUUAAAAACCGAAAUCGGAGAUUGAAUCUUCAUAACGAUGGUGUUCUUGAAUACAAUGAUUAUGAUAUUGAUCAUCGAGAGAAAUGUAAGCCCGUAAAAGAUAGAGGAAUUCUAAUUAAAAAAAUGAAUAAUAAAACUGAACAAUAUGUAGAACCUAAGACAGUUUUUCUUAGUCCGAAAAAUUUUAAUUCUAGAAAAUUUUCAUUUAAGAGAAACAGCCUUCAAUUUAAAAAUGAUUUACAGAAUGAUGACAGUAAUGAUGAUGAUGAUGAUGAUGACGAUGAUAACAGUGAUAACGAACUUAUGGAUAAUUUAGGAUAUGGAGGAGAGAAUUAUAAGGAGAAUCAGGUUAAAGGACAUGAAGCUCGAUAUCACAGAGAUCAAGAUCACGAGGCUCAGUUGGCUCUUGCGGAAUCUGAUUCUCAAGAUGAUAACCAAAAGUACAAAAGAACGAUUCAAGAUGAUGACAUCUCCAAUUACUUGGAUGACAUUCCUUUAGAUCUAUCAUCUCCAGAAAUAGGGAAUACCUCGUCAUCUGGAAGUGACUAUCAUGCUCUUAAAGCUACCGAUGAUAUGUUCAAAGGAGGAAUCGAACAAGGAAAUUCAAUCGAUGAUAAAAUUGAUACUCUUACACAGAUUUCAAAUACAAAACCAGAAAAUUAUGACCCUGAUUAUUUAAACAAAAAUCAAUGGUUCAGUUAUUUAAAGUUAUCUAAGAAUAACAAUGAAAAACCAGUUAGAAAAAUAGAUAUAUCACUUGAUAAAAAAAUAAAUAAAAAAGUAGAUUCAAGAGAAAAGCGAUUGUCUGUAAAUGGUAUGCCGAUAAUGCAUCAUGAAUCGAUUGUAGAGCCAUCAAAUUGGCCGUGGGAAUAUUAUGACGAUAAAGAUGAUAUGAGAAUAAAAUUCGGUCGUGGGUUAAUGCAAGUGUCAAAUAAAAUAGAUCGUAUAUCUGUAAAAAGUAAAAAUAAUAAAAUUAAAUCUCGAAAUUAUAAUGAAAAUUUAAAAUUUAAAAAUUCUACAAGCCACAGGUAUUAUAUGAAAAAAUCCAAUUUCCCGUCAAAAGAACACGAAUCUUUAAAAAACCAUUUUAAUAGGUUUUCAUUUCCUUCUGAAAAUAAAAUAUAUUAUAAAAAAAAAUUUAAACUAACACGAUUUGCUAGGGAACUUGAGAAUAAGAAUGAAGAUAAGUUUAAAGAUGUUUCCCAAAUACAUUUUCGUGUUAAUGCAGCACUUGCCGAUGAAAUUGUUGACAAAAUAUUUGAGCAAGUUGAAAAAAAUGAAGCAUUAAAACGUGGAUUAAAAUUACAGAGAAAUAAUAAAUUUCAUGAUAAAAUUAUUAAUCAAACGGAUGAUAAAAUAAAUCUGGAAAAUGAAGAAAAAACAGAGGAAAUUAUAAAAAAAGUUAAAGAACUUUUAAGUAAUAUUGUUAUGGAAGAAUUUAAAGAAAAAACUUGUUUAAAAUUACCAUCACAUUUACAAAAAUUUUUAGUGUGGCUCGUUGAUAAUAAAAAUGAUGCGUACAAUUAUACAAAAUACAAGGUUCAAGAUACAGAUGUCAGUGAGCAGAUAAAAGAGGAACAAAAAAAAAUUUUAUUUCCAAAAUCAAGAGAAUUAACUUCACCUGAAAUUUAUUCUUUGGCGCGAAAAUCUGCCGAGACAAACACAACAAGAGAAAUCAAUUCCUCAAAUUCAAGUGACAAAAUAAAUAAUCUUUUUGGCGAAUUACAUGAAAAAAUGAAAUUAUUAAAACGCUUAUUAAGAGCUUACCAUUUUUUGAGUCACCAUGAACAGAAAAAAGUUAAAGCCGUCCACGAUUAUUUGAAAAAACAAUUAAAAUUGUUGGAAAAAUAUAAUGGAUCAAAAGAAAACGUUGAAGAAUUUUCAACAAUUACGGCUGUAAAAAAAAUGAGUAGUAAUAAAUUAUUUAAUAAAAAUCAAGAGAAUUUAUCUGAAAUUAAUCAUGAUAAUGACACAUCUCUUUUAUCACUAUUCAGUAAUGAGUUAACCAAUAAAAAUAAGCCACGGAAUAUAAACAAUAAAGAGGACAGAAAAGUUGAAAAAUUUUUAAACAUUAAUUUCCGACAAAAACGAGAUAUGAAAAAUGAUUCGAAUUCAAUUGAAAAAUUAAAUAAUUUAAAAAAAAUAACAUUACCACUUGGUAGUACUUCUGCGUCAGACGAAUAUAUGUAUACUGCAUUAAAAGAAUGUACUUCAAGUGAAUGUAAAUCAAAAGUUUAUGAUAAAUGGAAUAAAAAAUUUAUAAAUAAACCUGGUGGGAAUUUAGCACAUCCGGAUAAUCAAUCGAGCAUUAAAUACAAUGAAUAUAUUUUAACAACGGCAUUUCCAUCAUCUGCUUUAACAUUAAUACCCUCUGCUUCUGUUUUAUCAGCUUUUAGUUACAAUCCAACCAUCAAUCGAAACAGAUUAACAAUCAAUAAUAAAAAUAAUCAAAUUAAAAUUCCAUCAAUCACAUACGAAAAUUUAAAAAAAAAUAACAAAAUGACACAACUAUUAAAUACAUUUAAUUACCCGACAACUGAAAAAAAUUCAUUUUCAACUCUAAAAAGUGCUAAAUUUUUAGAAAGUAAAAUAAACAUUUUUCCAGUUCCCUAUAAUUAAUUUAAAUAUCGAUUAUAA